CUUCUUUUUGAGAGUCCCACCAAGAUGUUAGAGGGUCUUAUAGCAGGACUCUUGAACAAGGUUUUAGGCUCUUAUGUGGAUAAUCUGGACACCAAACAACUGAAUAUUGGUGUCUGGGGUGGACAUGUUAGUCUACGUAACCUUUCGAUUAAACCAGAGGCCUUGGACAAAUUGGGCAUACCUAUAAAAAUUAGUCGAGGGUUUAUAGGUACUUUUAACUUAGAUAUUCCAUGGUCAAAUAUACAAAAACAAUCACUGAAAGUAAACAUUGAAGAUAUCUAUCUCUUGAUUCACCCUCAAGGAAAAACUUCCCUUACUGAGCAACAACUUGAAGAAUCCCGUCAGAACUUUAAGCAAGAACAGCUCGACAGUUUUGAAAUCUUGAGGAAAAAUUUUCGGGAAGCUCUUGAUGAUGUGAAUUCUACCACAACUAACAGUAAAAAACAAUCGCUUCUAGAAUACAUGAUUGCAAAGUUGACUGCUAAUCUCGAAAUUUCAAUUGAAAGAAUCCAUUUACAUUACGAUGAUGAUUUAAGCGAUUCCAACCGUCCAUUUUCUCUAGGAAUUACUUUGAGAUCGCUACGUUUAAAUUCUACAAGUGAAGAUUAUAAGGGUUAUUUAUUGCCUUCCGAUCCUAUUCCUGACAAGUGUAUUCACAAACAUUUUGUUAUUGGUUACGUUUCUAUUUAUUACCUAGAAAAAUGCAUGAUAUCCCGAACUUCUCCUCCUGAAGAAAUUUUUGCCAAAUUACGAGCGUCCAUUCCCGAUUCCAGGCAGUUUUCGAACUUUGACUAUAUACUGAAACCAAUGACAGUUACAGGACAUCUUAUAUUUUUUCGGCAUCCUGUUGAUCAGAUUAUGCAGUUACGAGGUUCUUUAUCGAUCGAAGAAUUAUCCUUCGCUCUUAGUAAUGUCGAGUUUAACAGUCUUCUUGGAAUUAUCGAUUAUUUCAAACUUAUGCUGCGACAGCAGCUUUAUGUGCAUUUCCGACCCGCAGUAAACCCAAAGGAUGAUCCUCUUGCCUGGUUUAGGUAUAGUGCUUUAGUUGUUAAAGACUCCAUCCACCAAAAGCAGAAGCAAUGGGCAUGGAGAUACUUUAAAUCCCGCCGAGAUGAUCGGAUUUUAUAUAUGGAUAUAAUUCGAAGAAGAUAUUUGAACGAACAGGUUGCUCCCCAUGAAAUUGAUUUGCAAAAGGCAAUUGAGCAGAGGACGAACAUUUAUGACCUUAUCAAAUACCGUUCCCGUGUCCAUACUUCCUUGUUAAACGAGAAUAAUCCUGCGUAUUUGAAAUUGAAAAAGUCUGCUAUUCAAGGUUGGUUUGAUUGGGCCGCAGCACACAUUCGCAAACCUCCAGAUCAUGUUAAUGAUAAUCCAAAAUUUACUGAAGAGGAACAAAAGCAGUUUUUUUCUGCUAUCGAAUGGAGUGGACAAGUUUAUCCAAAUACAGUUUCGUUGAAUCCAGAUACUUGUAUGGCUGUAUUAAACAUCUUUAUUGAAAGAGGAAGCUUUUCAAUAUUGUCAAAAAAGGAAAAUAAAAUUGUGCCGAUAAUAGAGCAACAAUUCAAAGGUUUUGAAACCGAAUGCUUAAUUCGUCCUCGGUCUUUUAAGCUAAAGGUUUCCUUAAAGGAUUUGGAUAUUGUGGAUGGGAUUACCAAUCCUCAUUUGCCUCCUAGUAAAGUUGUUUUCUGCAAGCAUUCCGACGAAAACAGCGAAAGUAAUCAAAAAAUACCCAAGUCUUAUAGAGAACAUCUGUUUUUCCUUUUAUUUGAUUCUAAUUCUUUAGAUUCCAAGGCUAGCUCUGUUUUGUUAAUUCAUUUAAGAACACUUAUAAUAAUUUACAAUCGAAUUUGCGCUGAAAAACUUAUUGAAUUCUUUCUACCAACUCGAACGAGACUCGAGCAUGUUACCGAAUGGAGUUAUUCAGCUGCUGCCAAAGUUAUGAAUCUGGCUAGACAAACUCGAGCGAGUCUAGAUUAUGCACUGGAACAACAUAAGACAGCCGACAUGACCAUUGACUUACAAGCACCUCUCAUUGUGGUUCGUGAGGUCUGUUCCGAUUUAAAUAGUCCUACUUUAUUUCUCGAUGUCGGGCGCAUCGUUGUUCAUACUCAACUCGUCGAUGAUCAGAUUAUUGAAAAAUUUCGCUGUUUACAGAGUAAGCAGAUCAAUUCUGAACUUAUGGAACAGUUAAAAAACUUAAUGUACGAUCGAUUUGUCAUGUCCCUUUUUGAAACAAGGUGCUUAAUUGCUCCAAAUUACGAUACAGGAAUGUCUAGUCUACAAGUAGACUCUCAAUAUCAUAUUUUAAAAGAGUGUUCCUUGGAUAUUAGUUUUGAGAUAUCCAUUCUACAAAAAGCGACUAAUCUAACCAAAUUUCGUGUGUUUAGUCACAUGAAAAGUGCCGAAAUCAUGUUCACGGAUGAUCAGUAUAAAGUUUUUAUAAAUAUGAUGAGUAAAUUGCUUCCUGAUUUUCCGACCAUAGAGAUCCCGUUUACGACUCAACAAUUCCUUGAUGCUGUUAAACCUCCUGAAUUCUUUGAUGCUUCUGAGAAUUUUCAGCCAUCCGCAGAAGACUACUCAUAUAAAUUUGGAAGUACAAAGAUUGCUGAGUUUAUAGCCCAGGAAGUAUUUGCCUUUUAUUUUACUGUUGAUAAUGUUGUUUGUUCUAUGUUUUGGAGACUUAAUGACAAAGUAAUUCCUAUAAUGCGUGCUUUUAAUACUUUUUCAGUGGAACUGAUCGUUCGCAAAUUUGACUAUCAUGUUCUAAUAACCCUUACCGAUUUAACUAUUAAGGAAUUUACAUAUCCUUCAGGAUUGUGCAAUAACACGCUGAUGGCUCCAUCUUCGAGUUCUUCAGAAGACCCUACUGGGAGAGUUGUUAUAAGUUAUACGAGCAUUGAUGAGGACUCUCCAGAAUUACAAACGGUUUACGAAGGUGUUAGGGUUACAACUGGCGUUGUAAUAUCAGAUUUUAAUCUCAACAUAGCCCCUGCUGGCUUUAUACUUAUAUAUGAUUACGUUCUGUGCACCUUCACACCGCUAAAUGACGUAUAUAAAUUGAGAGAAGGAGUAGAGAUUGCUGCAGCAAAUGAUGAAGGAAGCCAAAGCAAUGAAAAAACUUCUAUAAAAGAAAACGCCAACUUACGGCUCCAGCGUGUUAAUAUUUUUCUCUAUGAUAGAGAAUUAAACUUCUCUAUACUGUAUUUGGAAAAUUUGAGACUACAUAUGGAAUUCCGAGAAACUUUUUCGCUCCAGGCUCAUUUAUAUAAAGGCGAACUUUUAGAUUGUUUGUCUAACUCGUCGAACCCGAAAACGAUUCUAUCGAUUGAUGAUGAGGCUUUAUUCAAUUUGCAAUAUGAUAGUUACAACAUUUCCAAGCCAAUAUUGAAAGGACAGUUACAGCAUGACUCAUGUUUAGAAUUGUCUGUUGGUCCUGUUACCCUUAAUUUUAAUGAGGAAUAUUUUAAUGCUCUUUACGGGUUCUUCAUUAAGUACAAAAAGCAAAAGGGACUUUAUGACUCUAUUAGGUAUGCAACAUAUUAUAAACUUCAUAGAGAAGAUAUUUCUCAGACUUAUACCAAAUUUGAAUUCCAUGUUCGAAAUCCUACAGUUGUCUAUGAUGGAAUCGUUACUCCGAAUAAGCAAAACAAAUUAACCCUUUUUGUUAACAUGGGUUCAUUUUCCAUACACAAUGGAGCUCCCAAAGUUAACAAUAAGCUGAAGAAAUGUCCGUUCACGGUAGAACUGAAUGCUAUUAACUUUUCUACGUCAAGUUCUAAUAUUGAGCGACGCAUGCAGCUUUCAAAAACCUCUAAUUUUAAUCUAAGUCUUAAUUAUGCAACAGAUUUGAAAUCAUUGUCUAGCAUCCUAAAGAUAGAUGCAAAAAGCAAUGAACUGGAGCUAAAUUUGUGCGAACCUCAUCAUGUACUUUUAUGGACAUUGUAUAAUUCUGUCGUUGGCUUUACUAACCUUAAUAAUGCUUAUUACUCUGAUAAGCAACUGAGAAAUGAACUUGUUGCAACCUUAUCCAGGAACGGAAUAACUAGCGAGUUGACUAUACUUGAUAUGUCUUCCUAUGAGUUUUCAAUAGUUGUGAUAUAUAAUUUUACGAAAUUACGAUAUAAUGUUUUUACUGACGAAUUGUUUGAGGAUCUUAUGGAUUUGACGACUUUACAUACGGUCAUCGAUUUCUCUCAUAUUCAAGCUGAGCAAUAUAUGUAUGCGAAUGGUCGUAGCUAUACCGAAUUUUCAAUUUCUGAAAUUCAGUUAUACGAUGUAAGCAGGAGAGCACAUCCUACUUUAAGUAAGGCUUUCCAGUAUCCGGAAAAACAUCACACUCUUGUUAUAGGCUCAUUUGAUUGUGACGCUGAUUUGCCGAGAUAUAAUUUGAUCAUCGAAGUGGAUUCACCUACGGUUUAUGUUAACUUUGAUUACUUAUAUCCAUUAUGGUCUGUUUUUGUUCACUGGCAUCGUGCUUAUUACGAUACUAUAAAUUUUGCCAAUAAUCGAGCUUUGAAAAAUAAAGAAACCUCCAGUCAUACAGAGGAUUAUGCCUUAUUUUAUAGGAUCACAUUUGUUGAAUUGUCUCUCUUAUUUAUAAAGGACAUUGAAGCUCCAUUACCGUAUAUUCUUCCUGUUUAUUUUGGGGAGCUAUUAAUAACUCAACAAUCAAUAAUGGCUGUAACUGCAAAUAAUGUUAUAUUGAAUGCUCAUGCGUUGAAUGAUACGUCGAGAGUUGCUACUCAGUUAGUUGAUCCGUUUGGCUUUCGAUUUGCAUAUUCGUUGCAUACUGCCAGUAAUAUGCAGGUUAUGUCCAACAUUUCAUUAGAUUUUGACGCAUUGAUUGUUCGAGCUACAUACCUUGAUUUGUUGUUCCUACAGAAAGUGCUGUGUGAUGUAUACAAUUUCUACGAUGCGUUGUACAAGGUUCCUAUAAAAGAAGGAGAACGAUUGAACGAAGAUGUAGCAGAUAAUCAAUUUUUUACAGGCAUUCCGAAUACGAAUUCGUGUUCCCUCUUUGGAAUAAAGAUUUGCAAAGAAGAAUGCUCUCUUACCAUAGAUGGAAUUCGAAUUCUAUUAAUUAGUCGAUUACAUGAUUUACCGAUUAUAAACUUGAAUGUGAAACCCUUGAAAAUUGAUUUGAAUGACUGGUCAUCAGAACUAAAUUUGAAUACCCAUUUAGAACUUUUUAUGAAUUUUUACAACUUUGCAAACUCACAUUGGGAACCCUUUUUAGAACCUUGGGCACUUGGUUUGCACCUGUCUCGGAAUCCAAAUACUUUAAAGAGUGCCGUUUAUUUGAUUUCGAGGAAAAAAUUAGAACUGGUAAUAACUUCUCAGCUUUUGGAAACACUCAAUUUCGGUUUUUCCAAAGUAGUAAAUGAGGAAUUACGAGCGUCUUCUGAAACCGAUGCUCCAUACAGAAUUCAUAACUAUACUGGAUACACUGUGAGUAUUUGGGCCGAUUAUGAAGGAAGUGAUAAUUCUUGCGUCCGUAGGUUGGAAGAUGGAAAAGAAACUGAUUGGAAAUUCGAAGAAUGGCGACAAAUGCAAGACAUUAUGAAGCAGGAUGGCAAUAGAUCAUGCAUAGGCUUGCAUUUCGAAAAUGGGAUUUGGGGCACUUUACGCCGCAUCCGAGUUAACAAAGUUGGAGAGUAUAUUUUUCCACUUAUGUCUGAAAACUCAUCAUUGAAACAUUACAUAGUGGUUGAUGUUUCUUUGAGUGGGGAAUUUGUUAAGCACAUCACUUUAAGGUCCCCUUUAUUACUAAAAAAUGAAAGCAUGAUGGAAGUAGAAUUUAUUUUAUGCGACUCUAAUGGUCAUAAAAAAUCCCCUAUCUACACAAUUCCUCCCAAAGAAGUGUGUAAUUUACCUAUUGAAGCCGCCUAUGAUGGCCUUAUUCACAUUCGGCCAUUCUCAGAAUUCGGAUAUGCCUGGUCUCUGGAACCUAUUAAUUGGAGAAAUUUUGCCGAGAAGAAGCAAAGCAUACUUUCGUGUUCUCAAUUACAACAGGCUGAUAAAGUUCCUUUUUGUCGAUUUGCGGCUAGUGCAGUUUAUAGAAACAAACAAAUUGCAUCACAUUAUCCAUAUAUGCAUAUUUCUAUAACUGCUUUGUUAGAAUUGAAGAAUUUAUUACCGAUUGAUCUCCGAGUCAGAAUCGUCGAUAAGGAAGCAAACUCUACUUGGAUGUCGAAGAUAGAUGUCGGUAAAUGUUCUUACGUUCAUUCUGUUGAUAUAUCUCAUGUUCUGCUUUUGCAAGUUCAAGCAUCGAAUUCUGAACAUGCUUCCAGUUCGUAUGCUACAAUCGUGACCAACAACCCUGAAGUAUAUGAGCGAGAUAAAUAUCUUACAGUGACACUUGAAGACGGAAGAAAGGUCAGGCUUGGAUUGAAAUAUAUUGAAAUUUUCCCAAGAAUUUUCCAUAUUGAAAUUUUCAGUCCGUAUGUUGUUAUUAAUAAAACAAGGACAGCUUUGGCUAUUGGCCCGAAAAGUGAAUACAAAAAAUUUGCAUUUUCUGCUGUGAACCUUUCUCACGGUACUAAUGAUAAUGCCAUUCCUUGUCUUUUUUCAUACUGGAAAAAUUAUGGUAGUCGUCGUUGUCGUUUACGUUCAAGUAACUCACAGUGGAGUGAACCAAUUAGCUUUGAUGCCAUUGGAAGUGUUUUUGAAGUCGAUCUCCCCCAUAAAUCUCUUCAUGAUCUGGUUUAUAAGGUUGGUGUUUUCAUUGAAACAGGACCAAAUGGUUACUCAAAUACGAAAAUCGUUACUAUAACCUCAAGGUUCAUAAUAGUAAAUAAAACUCGAUGGACACUUUCAAUAACUGAACCUAAUGAAGAAGCCACAAUGGAAAUUGAACCUCACGGGGAGGAGUUUUUGAAAUAUAUUACGAAAACUACUUCCCCAAUGAUCCAAGUCUGUUGUGUAAACUUUUCUGAAUGGUCUUCACCGUUUAUGAUAGAAGAAAUUGGUUCUAUAUAUUUGCGUUUACCUACUCCGGAAGGUGAAAAGCUAAUAAGAGCAGAAAUUACUCUUGAUAUGGCUACCAUUUUUAUCUACUUUUUAGAGGAAAACGGGAGUUGGCCAUUCUAUAUAAGGAAUGAGACUAACCUAGAUUUCCAGUUUUCACAAGUAAAUGUUAUUGAUGAAGAGAAUAAGAAACGGAGUCAACUACUUGGGCAAAGAACACACGAUUUACCUUCUCAAAGUGAAGUAAAAUAUUCUUGGGAUUAUCCUUCUUCAUUAUCCAAGGAAAUUGUUUUGUAUAGUGGCUCAAACAAGUGCUUGACAACGUUGGCAGAAAUCGGCUCUUUAACGCCUUUUAAAAUAAAGAAUGAAGGAGGUGAAUACACCUUUGUUUCAAGAGACAUCAUCGCGAGUGGAAUCUCAAAAAUAUUAAUUUUAAAGACGGCUGAUCCUGCAUCAAUGAUUGCAAAACCGAAAUUUUCCAGUAAAGUAGCUUGUGAAGAACAAGACUUCAAUCUGGAACAGGAAGAUAAUAGUAUAGACCUAUCCGUUAAAUUUAUUAUGGAAGGGAUUGGCGUAUCUCUUGUAUGUAAAAAUACACAAGAACUAGCUUACAUAACCUUUCAUGGUGUAAAUUUUUUUUAUACAGAUUCUAGCGCUCUUCGAACCUUCAAACUGGAUAUUCGCUGGAUUCAAGCAGAUAAUCAGUUAUAUGGCGGUAUUUAUCCAAUCCUUUUAUAUCCUACUAUUUUAUCCCAGGAGGAUGCAAUGAACGAUAACUCCUUUUUACCGACUUUCCAUUCCAUGGUAGCCUUGAUGAAGAACGAUACUUAUGGUGUCACGUACGUCAAAUAUGCGACAAUACUACUGCAAGAACUGACCAUUGAAAUUGACGAAGACUUUGCGUUUGCUGCGUUUGAAUUUAUGAAAGAUUCUAUGCCCCAGUCGUGGAAACCUUCGGAAGAAAUAAUGUUUAACCUUGGCUUGCAUAUGCGUGCACCGAGUGACCUUAGUUCUGAUUUAAAGGUAUAUUUUGAAGUUCUGAAUUUGCAGCCAACUCAGCUUCACUUGUCUUUUGUGAGAACGGAACGGAUUAACAAUGCAAAUACUACAUCGGUAUCAUCACAUAACCCGUUCGUCUUCUUCGUAAAUUUGCUAUCAAUGGCGAUAGGAAAUAUCAAUGAUGCCCCUGUUCGAUUAAACGCAUUAUUGAUGGACAAUGCUCACGUAUCUUUAAGACGCUUAUUUGAACUAGUUAAAAACCACUAUGAACAAGAGAUGCUGUUCCAAGUUCAUAAAAUAGUUGGGUCUGCUGACUUUUUAGGCAAUCCUGUUGGCUUAUUUACCACAAUUACAUCUGGCUUUGCCGAUAUUUUUUAUGAGCCUUUCCAUGGAUUCAUCAUAAAUGAAGGUUCUUAUGAACUUGGAAUUGGAUUUGCCAAAGGGACUGCGAGUUUUGUGAAGAAAACCAUAUUUGGUUUAACUGACAGCAUGUCAAGAGUAACAGGUACAAUUUCGAGAAGUUUGAGUGUGAUCACUAUGGAUCAAAAAUUCCAAACUCGUCGAAGAACUGCCCGUAUCCGCAACCGACCAGUUCAUAUUUUAUACGGAGUUACGGCUGGCGCCUCUUCAUUCUAUGCUGGUAUUCGCAGCGGUGUCAGUGGAUUAGCUCUUCAGCCAGUUUUAGGAGCAAGAAGGAAUGGAAUGCCAGGGUUUAUGAAAGGCCUUGGCAAAGGAGUUGUUGGAUUCACGACAAAACCUCUCGUGGGUCUCUUUGAUUUCGCAUCGAGUAUUACCGAAGGCGCUAGAAACACUACGACUGUAUUUGAUGAACGAAAUAUUGAAAAAAUAAGAAUGUCAAGGCUCGUUCAUGAAGAUGGUGUCGUUCAUCCGUUUGAUUUGAGAGAAGCUCUUGGGCAGUAUUGGUUAAAGCAUCUGGACAACGGACGCUACUUUAAUGAGUACUACAGAGCACAUAUAGUUAUCAAGAGCCAGUUAAUUGUUAUUUUAACUAACCGACGUAUUAUGUUUGUUCGGUCAAAGAGUUUACGGUGUACAAAAGUAUUUCUUCUUCGAAAAGUUCAAAACGUUGAAUUAAGAAAUGAUCGAAAAAUAGCUCUGCUUUUAAAGAAAGGUACCUGGUACGAAUUCCUAGUUCCUCAAAACACUGCCCGGGAAUAUAUUUAUCGGAAAAUACGAGAUGAGCUUAAUAGCUUGCAACACAUAACAGCUUACGAGUUGGAAUUAUUAUAAUGCUUUAUUUGAGCGAUCAACAAUCAGCUUGAACUUCUUCGAAUUUCAUAACUUUCCGAUUGUUAUUUAUGACUUAAUUACUUCUUUAAAGCCUUUUUUUUUAAUGACUGGAACUAAGGGGUUACAGAAUUAUUCUUUCGUUUAAAACUUUUAUGACUUAAUUUAUUUUAUUUAUUUUCUCUUGUUUUAACAUGGUAGCUAAUAAAUUGCUAUUAUAUAAGAGCUGCUAUCUUUCGUGCUACAUAUUCACAUUGUAAAGGCUGAGAUUCAAAAACGUUCGUAUGGGUCUUUUUACCUCCCUUCUUCUCUUGUAAAGGAUUACUUAAAUUGGGUGUUCAUUCUGGAAUUAACGUAGUAGUAGUAUCAAAAGGUCCAGGGUUUUAUUACCUUUUUUUGGUAAAAUAUCGAUGAUUUUACUUUUACAUCAGAUCGUACUAGCAAGACUUACUAGUGACAGCACUAGGUACGCGGAACUUCUUUAGUACUAAAUUUAAUUUUAUUUAUUAAUCGC